AUGGUUGUUGUACAAAUAGUAGGAUAUGCGACAUGGUGGCCAUCGGGGAAGACUAGUGGUCUGCCAGUCGUUCCGACUAAUAGAAUGGAGUCGGGGGACCAAGCGUUGGUCCCCUCUUGUAUAGUCGUCAUGGCCGAAUGUUCUGUUAUGAUGGACGGCAGUCACCAUAAACUAGCAAUGAACUCCGUUGUGGAGCCGACUGGUGGUCUUAUCGGUGUCUGUGUGAGCAGCUUCCCUUCCACUGUCGACGGACAGCUUUCGUCGAGGGACUGCAUUGGUCUAACCAGGCUAUUUUCUUCACCUUCCUGCCGUAUUGGUCCUUUAUCCGUCAUUUCUGGCGUCUGA